AGUAAUCGCUAUCCGUGACAUCGUUAAGCGACGUGAGGGCCAGUUGUCUGAGUUGGUGGUGGCGAAGCUUGAGGUGUUCGUCCAAUGAGCCUUAUACAAUAGACUCUUCGUAUAAUGGGAACUUUAGAAAUACCAGGCGGUAUCGUGCAUCCUCCUAAGUUGUUCUAUCAUCAUGCUCAUCGCUAUAUUGUUACCAAAUUCGAAUCCACUCCACCUGUGCGUCGCAACAUGGAUAUUUAUCAAACAGCUCCGAUGUCAAAUGCGAAAGUUGCUACCCGUUUCAUUAAUCUUGUAUUACAGAAAGAGGACUAUAAGCCCGAUAGCCCAAACAACAGCACAUUGUGUAUGACACUCGAUACAUGUGUGUUGCAAGAUGCUCCUAAAUAUGAGGCCCUCUCAUAUGUAUGGGGAAAGGAAGAGAAGCAAACCAGUCUGAAUAUCAACGGAAACCCAUUUUUGGUGCAAUCAAAUCUUCAUGCAGCCCUGCGACGCCUAAGCUGCAGAUCCAAUAACGCCCAGGAAUCGACGAGACGGCUUUGGAUCGACGCAAUAUGUAUCAACCAGAACGACAACGCAGAAAAGUCACUGCAGGUGAUGCAAAUGAGUAAAAUUUACGCCGGGGCCAGCAACGUCCUUAUAUGGCUGGGGGAAGCCGAUGCAUCAAGUCAUCUCGCAUUCGACACACUUUGUCAAUUUGCAAACGACAACGCCAGAGAUGUGCGCAAAACUUGCGACAAUCUCGCAAGUAGCGCAUCGAACAGGCGCACUGCUCUCCAAGAAUUCUUUCAGAGGCCUUACUUCAAGCGCGCUUGGAUAAUUCAAGAGGUGGUUGCCGCGAAGCAGGCCACGGUCAUCUGCGGUGGGCAAUCUAUAAGCUUCGACAAGAUGUUCAACGCCCUCGAAAUGAUCACAGGCUCCGGGUUCUUUCCUUAUUCACCAGCAACCGCUGCCGUGACCGAUCUGGGUUUGUGGAGGGAGGAGUAUCUGAGAGAAGAUUCUCGCGAACGCGACGAAUGGCUUGAUCUGCAUUUUCUCCUCAUGUACACUCGGAACAAGAGUUGCAUGAACCCCCGAGACUCUGUUUACUCGAUACGAGGACUUGCAAGCGACUCGCUAUCUAAGGGGAUAGUGGUAGAUUAUGAUCAACCGACAGAACAGGUCUUCAUCGAGUGUGCGAAGAACUCGCUGAGGAAGAGACCAAACGAUCUGCGCAUCCUGUCGACAGUUGAGCUUAGACAUCGAGAUACAUCUUCUCUCAGACUUCCGUCCUGGGUCCCUGACUGGACUCAGCCAAAUUGCGAUACAGGAGUACUGCAAAGAUACAGCCGUUUCUCUCCAGACAAGUAUUUUCGUUCUGCCGCGCACACUAAGCCUCGAAUAGUUAUUUCAGAGGACUCCGACAAGAUCUCCUUACAAGGAAGACUUAUAGACCAUGUGACGAUGGUAAUCCCUAUCAAGUCUCUAUUAGAGAGGGGAGAAGGAAAUAAACAUACUGUAACAAAGGCAACCAUAACACAAAUAGUAGAUACCUUGGAUGUACAGGAGACGUAUCCCUAUACAGGAGAAAGUUACUGCAAAGCCUUCCUGCGAACCAUAACUGCAGAUCGAACAGUCCUAUCGCCUAGAGUUUCGAAUGAUUACAGGAUGAAGUUUUUCAGUAGCUCCUCGGAGUGGAAAAUCGCAUACGAUGAGCAGAGCUGUGAUCUGCCUGAUCUUGUUUGGGAAGAGAUAUCGAAUACUAUAUGGUCCAUCAUUGAGGAUAAGAUGAUGUUUAUCACAGCUAAAGGUUAUCUGGGGAUGGGCCGGGAAGUCAUGGAGAUUGGCGACUGGCUGUGUGUAUUCCUGGGUGCUGAAACGCCGUUUCUCUUGAGAGAGGCAUCUUAUCAACACGAAUUCAAUUUUCUUGGGGAAUGUUAUGUACAUGGCAUCAUGGAUGGAGAGGUUAUGUCUACUGUAGAUGAGCAUGCGACUGAAGCCUUUACUCUUGUCUGAACGAGGUUUCGUAGUUAACCUAAAUAGCAGUUGUUUGAAUGAAGUGCUGCAUGGGCGCUGAACUAUCG